AACUGUAUGACCAGAGAAGAAAAUCCGAUAGGCCUACUACAGGCUAUGAAUUAUUAAUUGGUGACUUAGCCAUACAUGCGCGCUUAAAGAUACCAUAUUCAUAUGCCUUUUAUAUUAUGAGUUUAUUAUUUCGGGCUAUGUGUGCCACAUUUUGUCAAUAUGAAUGAAUGAAAUCGAAAUAUUUGAGUGGCUGUGGUCGUUUUUCUAUCGUUGGGUAUCUCUGAGCUGUCGGGCACCGUGGGGGCAGGCUGCUGCGGACAUUCUCUGCCAGUUGCGAUAGCCUACUUGGCUGCAUCGUCGGUUCUGUAGCCUAGACCAACCUUUCGGAAAAAACGGCCAAGGAAAGACGAUCCUCUCCUCCCAAUGAUGCGAUGAUAGGUCACCUGAUACUACGCCAGACUAUUCUCCUCACGACGUCCUCAUGUUUAAAUACUAACAGACCCAGAUGCCCAAUUUACUAUAAGAAAGAGAAGGGAGCCCAGUAUGAGGAUGGUGUGACAGAUGGACGGAAAGACAAAUAGAGGGACUGUAUAAAUCAUUACCCUCAACAGCCAGACCAUGGCCACUGCAUCCAUCCUCACCCUCCUCCUCCUCCUCUCCUCUCUCCAUCCCUCUUCUGGCCAGGUGAUCGUCAGCUCCUCCUCCUCCUCUCUUCCAGACCCCGUCAUCACUCCAUCUCUCAAACCCAGUCUGCCCUCCUCUCGGCCCAGAGGUCGGAGCGACGGGUCUGUCAGAGUGAUCAACAAGGAUUGGCCCACAGAGGGAGGAGGUAGGGGGGAAGGGGGCUCUGACCUGGGACAGGGUGGGGGGGAAAUGGGCACUCCCACAACACAGACUAGAACUAUAGACCUCAGUCAAUACCAUUCCCCCUCUCAGAAACUCAACAUUGGGUCUGCCCAAAGCCAGCCCACUUCUGUUGAGGCUAGGACAGGUAAUAUGGUAACCCCAGAACCAAGUGGGGUUGCAUCUGCAAAGGGACCAACCGCACUCCCACCCACCAAACCCUCAGGUGCUGAGCCAGUGACAUCAGGGGGCAGGGUAUCGGAUGGACCAAUCGUACCAGAGGAUGUAGAUGAUUGGCAGAUGACUGGAUCAGGAAGUGAAUUUGUCCCUACAGUGAUGGCUGUUGUGAAGAAAGAGUCACCGGUUGCCUUGACAACGUCAGAUGGAAUGGCACAGUUCCGGCCACAGGCUCAGACGGCUUUCAGCGGAGGGCCAUCAUCCAAGAUGGCCGAAGCACAGAUGACCCCGACGGUCAGCCUCACUGUCCAGCACCGCCUAUCUGCCCUGACAACAGCCAAAACAAUCCUCUCCCCACAGUCACCUGACAUUAGAUUGACAGUCGUCACUGUGGUGUCAACAGUCCGUGGAGGAGUAGUGACAGGUGAUAUGACAGCUAACACUACUACAGCCACAGAUGGGCCAAUAGUAGGACAGACCUCCACUGUGACAUCACCAUCUCCCAGAGCAACCACUCCUGGCUCAACCAAUCAACAGCCAAAGUCAGCGGCACCUCAGGGAACCACUCCCAGCUCAACCAAUCAACAGCCAAGUACCACAGCACAAGGAGCGACCACCACAACUACAACCAAUACGACGACAACAAAAGCAGAACCCAGAAAUACUUCAACAAGCACAACCAAUCAACCGACAAAGGCUACUAAACCAGGAAGAACUACAACAAGUACCACCAAACAGUCGGCCAAGACAGGGAUGACCCCUCUGCGCAUCACCCCUACUCUACAAAUUGUCAGAGGGCGGUACAUCCCCAAAAAUGACACCCGCCCAGUUCAGAGGAACCACUCUAUCCCUGUGGGCCGCCCUCGCCUCCACCCAUCCUCCUCUCCCUCCUCCACUCUCAGCUCCUUCCCUUCCCCCAACGGCACCUCUCUCGUGUGGGAUGACCUGAGAAGGACGCUGGCCUUCACCUGGGGGCUCCACGUCUUCGGCUCGGCUGUCCUCUUCCUGCUCUUCCUGGCUGGAGCGACCCUGGGUCUGGUCCUGUCUCCCAGCAUGCACUGCCCUCACCGUGGUGCGCUGGUCCUGGCCAACACCCUCCUCCUCCUGGUGGGCGCAGCCAGGGCAGCUAUGUUCCUGAUUGACCCAUACGGAACAAGGAAGAUUCUUCCACGGCCUACAUUGACUGCUCUUUAUAACCUCCCUCUGCCGUUACUGGUGUGGGCUCAGGCUGCACUGGUGCUGCUCGCCAUGAAGGGGGCAGGUGUGAGUCUGCUGCCAUCUGCUCUGGAGCGCCCUCCUCUGGUGGCUGUGUUGGCUGUAUUACAGUGCACCCUGCUGCUGGCUGCUGACCUGCUCUCUCCAGCCCUGUCCCCAGCCGUGCCUGUCACCCUGCAGUCUCUGUCUCUCUGCUGGGGCCUGGCACUCUGUCUGGGCUUCCUGUGCUACGUCUUCCCCCGCCUCCGACACCCGCCCGCCCAGCCACCUGUCCCAGAGGAGGGGAGGGCAGUUAAAUCCUGGCCGGGGGGUAGGAGGGCAGGGUCGGUGGUGGGUCGUGUGCUGGUGUUGUCUGCCCUCCUAGGGGCAUUGUGCUGUGGGCUCCAUGUCCACGCCACCAUGUGGCUCUACGGGAUGUUGGGGGACUGGAGGCGCUUCUGCUGGGACUGGUGGCUGGUGCACUUCUGGGCCAGGCUGUUGGAGUUGGCCUGGGCCUUUUCUCUCAUUCUCUUGGGCUCCUGGGUGUUCUGGAGGCCCCGGAGGGCCCAAGGGAGAGGAGAGGAGGGAGCAGGGGAGAGCAGGGGGGGAGGAGAUCUCCCCUCACCUGGACAGUCAUCUGGGUCGACUCAUAAACACACCUGCUGGGCCAAGAUAGUUCAGAGCCUAACAGGGAAGCCCUGUGGGAAGUCAGAGAGUAACGGAGUAGGAGGGGGCAUGGCGGGGGAACUGCCUAAUAACUGGGCAGGGCAGGAGCGCUCAGGGGCUGACAUCAGCAAGAGUCUGAUCAGAAACCAGAAUCGUGAGGCUCCACCGUCACACCUGCGCGGUGUCAAGGACAGCAACCGUGGACGCAACCAGAGGGGCAGGUCUGCAGAAAAUAGGGUGUCGGACAGGUCCACAGGAUCUCUGUUGCAGGCGUUAGACCACCCCCCACUGCACUUGCUUAGCGGCAGUCUGGAGCAGGAGUCAGGGGUGUCUCUGUAUGAGUUUGACCUGCGACCCCCCUCCCCCAUCGACCUGAGCCGCAGCAUCGAUGAGGCCCUGCACCAAAAGCACCUCCUCCAUGGGGGCAGCCUGUUUCAGCCCCUGUGCGCCCUCUCACCCACUCCUUUCCCGGGCUCAGCUGUCAGUCAGGGGGGCCCCUGGCUCCGCAGGAACAACGACCCCCAGUUCUCUGACAGCAGUGAAGAUCACUUAGAUGGCACAGAUUCCUCCGUGCCACUGGGUGGCAGUGUGCUCAGCAGUGUUCCAAACAGGCAGGUCACUACUCCCCCCACGCCCUCUCACCAGGGGCACUGCUGGGUCGGGGGAACCAGUGUCACCUCCUCAGUUUCCUGUCCUAUCUCCCUGCACCCCUCCAGAACCUCCCAGGGGCAUCUUGGGGAUGAGGGGGGAGUCGACACAAAUCUGUUCCUCACCCCAGACACUGAGACACAGAGGGGGAGGGCAGAGAGGGAGGGAGCGGGAGGGAAGAGUUACCUUGUGGUCAGCAGGCAGGAUGACUUAGCCAGCAUCAGCAGUGAGAUUAUUUACCUGUGAACCCAUAACUCAGGACAUCAGGACCAAUAACCAAGCCCCAAGCAAAACCAUCAAAAAACAAACUUACAUAAGACCUUACACUUACUUAAGUAAUAACUUAAAGUCUAGUUGACUAGAUAGACUUAAUCAUAAACAUUGACUCAACUACAUGAGGAAUGUUACGUGAAUCAUGGACAGAGGACCUAUUUUGAGAAGAUGAGGGAAAAUACAUAAAAGCUUUCAUAUCCCCUGAGUUCAACAGAUGUCCUAUAUGGGACAUCAUCCAGUGUUUGCUCUAAAUGUGAGUGGUUCAAAUGUGUUUAUGGCACAGGUGUGGCUAACCUGACUCAGAUUCUUGGGCAUAGAGCACGUGUGAACAACAGAACAAACACACGCCUACAGAUACACACCUGUGUACAUUUGAUUAACUCGCUGCAUUUCAAGCAACACAUACAUCAGCACAUACUGUAUAUUCACUCUUUGUAGCACUAUUAUUUAAGGUGGUCCGGAGCGAACAGAGGAAUGGAUUGACACAGGAUUCAUAUUGGUGACGACCCAGGGAUUCCUUAAAAUAUUUAUUGGUCAUCCCUACUAUUCCCUCUGUGAAUCUGUUGCAGCCAUGUUAAUUAUGAACGUUGUGGCUCCUACCUAUCUGAAAGCCCUUGUAAAAAUGCCUUUAUAUGAAUUUAUUAACUUUGUUCGCUUUGAUAGUAUUAAUUCGCUGUCCUUGAUAUUUCAACUUGAUGCAUACGUUCAUGUGUUUUUAAGAGUUGUGCCAUACACAUUGAUCAAGUUGGUGGUUGAUUUCAAGUUAUGCUUAAAAAUACAUUAAUAACACAUUA